AUGAAUCAAAAUGCUCAAUAUGGUAACACAUACAAUCUGAAUUGGGGGGAUCAUCCUAACUUCUCUUGGAGUGGAAAUAAGAAUAUUAGGCCUCAAGCUAAUUACAAUCAGCCACCUAAACCCCCACAACAAGCAGAAGAGAUUUUGACGGACAUGAUGAAACAACUCUUGAUCGAUAAUCAAUUGCGCACAGAGUUCAGAAAUCUCGAGAGUGAGUUUGGGCAAAUGGCUAACAAUCAGAAUACUAGACCUACUGGGGCCCUUCCAAGUGAUACAGAGAAAAAUCCUCAAGUCAAUGCAGUGACGUUGAGGAAUGGGAGAGAGUUGGAAGAAGAAGAAAAGCUCUUAAGGGUGCUGAGGGAGCACAAGCAUGCCAUUGGUUGGACGAUGUCUGACAUAAAAGGUAUUAGCCCUGCAUUCUGCAUGCACAAAAUACUCAUGGAGGAGGGAUAUAAGCCUUGUGUGGAGCAUCAAUGCCACCUCAACCCAAUCAUGAAAGAGGUGAUUGCUAUUGGCCCAGAAGAUAAGGAAAAGACCACUUUUACAUGCACUUAUGGAACUUAUGCAUUUAAGAGAAUGGCAUCCGGGUUAUUAGAGAAGGAUGUGUCGUUCAAGUUUGAUGAUGCUUGUCUGAAAGAAUUUGAGGAGCUAAAAAAGAAGUUAGAAUUUGAUUUGGAGAUCCGAUACCGUAAAGGAAUAGAGAAUCAAGUAGUUGAUCACUUGUCCAGGUUAGAAACUCGGAAUCAUGUAGCUGAGGGAGAUAUCUUCAAAGAAACAAUCCCGGAUGAGCAAUUGUUGGCCAUUACUGAAAGCCCCAGAAAAUUUUGCUAA